CUGUUCACCAGUACAGUCGCCGUAGGUGGUUAGUUUGAGACUCAGCCCCAUCUUCUAGGAGCCAAGGGGAAGGAACGCAUUCGUCGUCGUUCGUUUAUCGUCGUAGCUCGCCGGUCGCCGCCUCCCGGAAAAACGUCCCGAAGCCCGGACGUCGUCCAUCUCGAUUGACCUCGCUGCUCGCUGCUCGUGUGCUUGUCAUCCAUCAUCACCCAAGCACCAAGCCCACGUGAAGGCAUAGCGACCGGGCCCGCUACAGCUACAGACCAUCGAACUGCUCGAGUUGCAAAGUUGUUGUACUCCGCAACGGAAGGAUGCCACCCACCUCUUCGACUUCAUCAGCCGGUCCAGGGCCGAGGCUGCCUUCGAUCAAGACCUCAUCUCCACCAACAACACCGACUUCGACGACCCAGCACAACUCGACAGGUCGACCACGCCUUCCUACGUCUUCUACUCGCUCCUCACACCCUAUGAUGUCGUACUACGUGCCACCCCCUACCUCGUCCAUCCACAACAACCAUAACCUACCGUCUUCUUCAUCAUCGUCACCGAUCUCGGGAUAUUCUGGUGGGAACCUUCACAGUCACAACCAUCACGGACACGGGAUGGGAGCUGGACACAUGUCCCCGAGUGGACAUCUAGGAGGACUUGGGACGAUGGGUGGUGGGAUUGGAGGAGGUUACGGGACGAGCACGUCCGGAUUCACGAUCCCUACAAGUAACAGCCGGCCGACGAGUCCGACCGCGUAUGAUAUGGACAGAGACGGACAGGAUGACACGAGGUUCGGGUCUGUAGGGGGACCGUGGGGAUCAGCGAUGAACGGCAACGGUCUCAAUGGAUCGUCGUCUUCUUCUUCCUCGUCAUUACACCUGAAUCAAAAGGGCCAUCCGCUUGCUUUGCAUUCGAAUUCCACUUCGAACGCAAAUUCAAAUAGAGAGCCGCCGAACAAGAAACGAAGGCUGUCAAGCUCCAAUCCAUCAGGCUCGGGAUCUGGAUCGACAUAUCACCUUCCCCCUCCUGCAUCUUCCGUGUCUCACACUCAGCCGAGUCAUACGGGAUCCAACUUCUUGGCUGGCCUUCGAGGUGCUUCGGACCUCCCAGCACCCACAUCAAUCUCCAAUCAUAGUAACCAUGCCAACAGCCAACAACAGAUGGAUGAGGAUGAUGACGAGGAUGGCGAUUCGGGGGAUGAUUCGGAUAUGGGCGACGAUGAUGGCCGCGGAGGGUCCGCCAACCCCAGUGGUGGAGGCAACGGGAGCGCGAGUGGGAGAGGAGGUGGGAAGGGAGGAGAAGACGACGGGGAUCGAGGAGGGAAAGGAAAGAAGAAGAUGAAGCUGACCCGAGGAUCUAGAGCAUGUACUGUCUGCAGAAGGCUCAAGAUGAAAUGCGUCGAAGCCGACAUUGACAAUGGCGUCCGGUGUCUCCGAUGUCGCAAUGGGAACCUCGAGUGUGUUUUUGAAGAGUCGAUGCGUGGUAAGAGAAGCAGCAAGGGCAAGAAGAGCGAGAUUAUGGCAAAAAACCUGAAAGAUAUGGAGAACACGCUCGAUACCGUAUUGAGGUCGUUACAUAAUCCCAAGUUGAGCUUGGCUUCCGGGAUGACGAAUUUAUCGCCCUCGGCUUCAAGCGGGAUGUUGGACGGGUCACCAGGCCACGCAGGCAGUAAAACUCUGGAUAUAACUUCGCCUGGAAAAGAACUUAUGGGUGCGGACCAGCUCGACGCGCAUACUUCGUAUACAGACAUGUCGGUCAGUCAUCCUGCUCGACCGGGCAUCUCGCCUUUGGGUGGCGGUGGCGGGGGAGAGAGUUCGACAGGAUCGCCUAUGAUAGGCCGACCAGGAGUCGGAUUAUCCAGGAUGAACACCUCGACGUCCAAUGUCAACUCGGGUGAGAGCGGGAACGCUGUCGCUGGAUCUUCGAUUGGUGGAAGCAAGAUCGAACCCCCUUCGCCGAGACUGCAUUCGCUGCCGGACAAUACGCUCAACCCGCUUGGAUUGUUGGCUGAGGCGAGCUUGCAGAAUCGCAAACGCUCUUCGACAAAUGCCAAUACUUCCAACUCUGGCGUCGUUCAGACGAUUGAGAGCGGAUUGAAUGGCGCUGACGCAUUGAAGAGCAGGGUGGGAGGGAACAAGGUCAGAACGAGAGAGUCGAGCGUGGACGAAGCGGGGAACCCUAAGCGACUAGGAGUUGGGGACGCAUCGUACUUCAGGCCCGGACCAAUGAGCUCAUUGGGUCUGCGAAGGGUUAUUAUCGAGCGGGAACUCAAACCAGAGAUAUUCUCCUUCACCUCGGCGGCUCAGAUCAACGAGCUUUUCGACAUCUACUUCGACCAGCUGCAUCCAAACGUACCUGUGCUAAACAAGGAGCUACAUACGCCCGCGGGUGUGUGUGCUCGAUCGCCUUUCCUCCUUACAACGAUCUGCGCGAUCGCUUCCCGAUUCCACCCGAAACACUCGGGCCUCCGACCGAAACUCGCCGCUGUUGCGAAAAAGCUCAUGUUCGAAUCACCUGCGCGAGGUUACAAAUCGCUCGAGAUCGUGCAGGCGUACUUGCUGCUGGUCAACUGGACCCUGGGUCCCGAAGAACGAUGGGAGCAAGAUUUGUCGUAUCUGCUUCUAGGAAUGGCUAUCAGGAUCGGUACCGAUAUGAACCUCUACAAAAAGAAUGUGGUCAUGCCUCUCGAUACUGAGGAAGGGCGACUACGAGAUAUCGAAAUCGCCAAUCGCGAGAGGACCUGGCUGCUUUGUUUCAUCCAUGAUCGCUCACAAAGUGCUCAAAUGGGACGGCCCUAUUCGAUCAGAGAAGACAUGAUCGUGCGAGAAUCUCGUUAUCCCUCUUGGUUCACUCGCGCAUCGAGUCAACCGGAAGACGUCGUUCUAGCUGCCUAUGCCGACAUGCAAAGGAUCAUGUCGAGGGCGUUGGAUGCCUUGUAUUCGCAGCAGGUGACCAACUCGUCCGGGUUGGUACCGGGAGUCGAUUACCCUCUUGUCGUCAACGCCGUACUCGACCAACUCGAUGGAUGGCUUCGAGAGUGGCAAUUUCCGUUGGUGGAACCUACCAAUGACGAGAUCACUGUCAACAUGCAAAUUUUGUACCGGGCAAUGGCUGACUUUUAUCACCAAUACAAUUCGCUCGUAUUGUCAUCCUUUGCAUUGCAAUACGCGAUCGAGACAUCGCCUCUGGACUUGCCGAUCUGGUUCAGUAAGGUUCACACUGCUGCCAUGGGGGUUCUUACUGUAGUCAAGGUCGAGAUCGCGCCUCGAGGGUUGCUUCCUUCCUUUACUGAUGGCCAGCUGGUUAUGCUCUGUUAUGCUUGUCUCUCCUUGCUCAAACUUGUUCGACCAGAGUUCAAGCAAUUGAACCGCGAGCCGCAAACGAUACUGAACUUUCUGAACGAGGCAAUCGAUACACUGAACGCAGCUGCGAUCGACGAGGCGCAUUCCGUUGGAUUAUACGCGACCCUCCUGCGCAAUCUCGUUGGAAAUAAGCAGGAGGAACUGCGAACAGACUUCAACGCUGCCGAAAAAGAACGUCGGACAACUCGACAUUCGCGUAGUGCGACGACAUUGGCGACCGUCUGUAACGGUGCGCUCACGAUGCGAGGCAACGAAGACGAAGGUUUGUUGUGGAAUCCCUAUUCCGGUCUCGGGACACAAUCGCUACCACAGCCUGCUCAAAGCAUGCCGGGUCUCAGCGGUACACCCGUCAUUGUGCCUGACAAUGCUGACAACAUGAGCAACCCCCAAAGCGAAAUGCCCGGCUCCGCGAUCGGUGCCAUGAACGGUACCAUCUGGCCACAUGCCGCUGUGUCUUCCGCUCCUACACCCACGGCCGAAGUGCAUCACGAUCCAUCGAGUCAAAACGGCAUACAGGACACGACUAGCAUGUUCAUGGACGGUCUGGGUGCCGUGUCGUACGGACUGGAGGAUAUCAACUGGGAAAACAGUCUCCUGAUGCCAGGGUUUGGAGGCUUCGGUCAAUUGGAGCUCAGUGGAGGUUUCGUACAUACCCAAUUCGGUAGCGGAAUCAUAUCGCCUAACAUUGGAAUGACUCCAGCGCAUUCGCGACCAGCAUCGCCCCGUAUCAUGAUGCAACACCCAUACGGAAAUAUGGGCUAGGAAGAGAGAGAGAAACAACACCAGCACCAGGACCACAAUGGAUCAUCACCACACAGGAAAGAGAUC